UCUCACAGCCACCUCCAACUCUCAAAAACAUUUCUGACCUCCUCCUAGCGCACAACCCAGGGAGAAAACCAUCCUGUCAAAGGGACGGUGCCAAAAGGCAGAAACAAAGCGAAGCAGCAUUGAUUGAUCCACUCCUUGGCAGAAGCCGAUGGCAAAAAAGGUGGCAGUGAUCGGAGCAGGGGUCAGCGGCCUGAUCUCUCUGAAGUGCUGUGUGGACGAGGGCCUGGAGCCCACUUGCUUCGAGAGGACAGAAGAUAUCGGGGGGCUGUGGAGGUUCAAAGAAAAUGUGGAAGAUGGCCGAGCCAGUAUCUAUCAGUCUGUCAUCACCAACACCAGCAAAGAAAUGUCCUGUUUCAGUGACUUUCCAAUGCCUGAAGAUUUUCCAAACUUCCUGCACAAUUCUAAACUUCUGGAAUAUUUCAGGAUUUUUGCCAAAAAUUUUGAUCUUUUAAAAUAUAUUCGCUUCCAGACAACGGUCAUUAGUGUGAAAAAAUGCCCAGAUUUUUCAUCCUCUGGCCAAUGGAAGGUUGUUACCCAGAGCCACGGCAAGGAGCAAAGUGCCAUCUUUGACGCAGUUAUGGUUUGCAGUGGCCACCACAUCCUACCUCACAUCCCACUGAAGUCAUUUCCAGGUAUUGAGAGGUUCAAAGGCCAAUAUUUCCAUAGCCGCCAAUACAAGCACCCAGGUGGAUUUGAGGGGAAACGAAUCCUGGUGAUUGGAAUAGGAAACUCGGCCUCAGAUAUUGCCGUCGAGCUGAGUAAGAAGGCUGCUCAGGUUUUUAUCAGCACCCGGCAUGGCUCCUGGGUUAUGAGCCGCAUCUCUGAAGAUGGCUAUCCCUGGGACAUGGUGUUCCACACCCGAUUUAACUCUCAGCUCCGAAACGUCCUGCCACGAACAGUUCUAAAAUGGAUGAUGGAACAACAGAUGAAUAAGUGGCUCAACCAUGAAAAUUAUGGUCUUGAGCCUCAGAACAAAUACCUUAUGAAAGAACCUAUAUUAAAUGAUGAUCUUCCAAGUCGUCUACUCUAUGGAGCCAUCAAGGUGAAGCCGAGAGUGAAAGAGUUCACAGAAACUUCCGCGGUCUUUGAGGAUGAAACAGUGGAGAAAGACAUUGAUGUCAUUGUCUUUGCAACGGGAUAUACUUUCUCUUUUCCCUUCCUUGAAGAAUCACUUGUCAAAGUAGAGAAUAAUAUGGUCUCGCUGUAUAAAUACAUCUUCCCGCCUCACCUGGAGAAGUCAACCCUUGCAUGCAUUGGUCUCAUCCAGCCCCUGGGUUCCAUUUUCCCAACUGUCGAACUUCAAGCUCGUUGGGUAACAAGAGUUUUCAAAGGCUUGUGUAGCUUGCCCUCAGAGAGGACAAUGAUGGCGGACGUUAUCAAGAGGAAUGAAAAAAGAAUUGACCUGUUUGGAGAAAGCCAGAGCCAGAUAUUGCAGACCAAUUAUGUCGACUAUUUGGAUGAGCUCGCCUUAGAGAUAGGUGCGAAGCCAGCCCUUGGCGCUAUCUUGUUAACAGACCUUAAACUGGCUGUGAAACUCUAUUUCGGACCUUGCAACUCCUAUCAGUAUCGCCUGGUUGGGCCCGGAAGAUGGGAAGGAGCCAGGGGUGCCAUCCUCACCCAGAAGCAAAGGAUUCUGAAGCCUUUGAAGACUCGCACUCUGAAGGUUUCACCUCAUUUCCCAGUUUCUUUCCUGUUGAAAAUCCUGGGGAUCCUUGCUGUUGUCGUGGCCUUUUUUUUCCAACUUCGAUGAUUCUAAUCUGUCGGCAGAAUGCUUUUGGCUUUAUUGCCUUGUCAGUCAGUACUUCUUAAAAGAAAAAGAAAGACCAAAAGAAAAAAUAUUAAAUCUACAUUCUAAAUACAGAUUUUUAGAGUUAGGAAAAGCAAAUAGGAGGGCCAAUUGUGGAGAUUAGCAGAAUUAGGUCUGUGUUGAAAACCAAAAUGGGGUUAGGAAGUUUCUUUGCCCUUCCACUCUUACCUCAGUUCAACAGAUUUUCCAAAAAGUGUGAUAAAAUACCAUUGGCCCAGGUGGGUGGUGCUGCCGGCCCUGACAGGGGAGUUGUGUAGGAAAAUAGUAGAAUUACGCAGAAUGAAAAGCAGGCCCCAUUGUUUAAAUUAUUGAACAGUUUAAAUUGUGGGCAUUUAAAACUCCUGUGCAAACUUCUUAAUGAUCUUCCCAUCCAAACUACAUUUAAUCACAAAGUUCUCAGAUGUUAGGUCAGGCUCCAUUUGCUUGGUGGGAGAUCAUUUGAAACUACUGGAGAAAAAAAUGAAAAGAUAGACUUAGAAAACAACAGCGUUGCUCAGACUUUUAGGGCCCCAUACUAAAAGCUAAGCAAAUAGUCACAUUUCCUAUAUUUUGGCAGAAACACUGCUAGAAAAAUAAAAUAAAUAAUAGCUAGCUGAUAAAUAGUAUAUAUUUAAUGCUUAUCAUAGGCUAGACAUUGUGCUAUGUGCACAUCAUAUAUAUUAUUUCAUUUAAUUCUCACAAUAAUUCUGUGAGAUGGGUACAGCUAUUAUACCCAUUUUAUAAAUGAUGAAACUGAGAUUCAGAGUAAUUGAGUAACAUGUCCAAGACCACACAGCUGGUCUUGUGAUGCAGCUAGAAUUGGAACCCAGGUUUAUUGGACUCUAGAACUAAAGAUCACAACCUUGCCCCAUAAUUAAGUAUAUUUACAAAAACCUCCAUUAUUAAUAAAAUACUUAUUAAUAGUUUAUUUUGUUUAUAAUCAUAUAUGUGUUACUUUUAGAGGAUCUUUACAUAUAAAAUAGCAUUCUCCUUGCAAAUAUGAUCCAAUUACUCUUAUUUAUAAUUUUUGGUUUAUAUUUCAGCUUGAUAUUUCAGUCUUUAAAAAGCAUUUAAAGACUAUUACUAUGAAAGAUACCUAUGCAAUAACGGUUAAGAUGAUCAUUGACAUUUGGGGAAACAAGAAUCUAGGAAGAAAAUGAUAUCUUGCAAGUACAUGAAAAGCAUUAUAAUUAUUGAGUCUUGCGUCUAGUUCCAAUCUUACGGAUAACCAAGGCAAAAAGCUAAAAAUACGUAAUCAUUGUCAUCUGAUAAAAUGAAGUAUAUAAGUCUGUUAGGAGAGACAAAUAUUUUCUUAGAACUGAAGUCUGAAACAAAUGCAAGCUGUUCAAUGUCAACAGACAUUGAGCAACAUUAGAUAAACAUCUGUCUGUGGAACAUCCAUUACAGCUGCUCUUUCCAUGUUUUGGGUGAUAAGCUAUGUCAUGAGCUCAGACCAAGGCCUUCAAAGCGAAGACGAAGGUCAGAGAUGUUAACGAUUUUGGCAAAUUUCUCCUCUUAUUUCUCCCAAGGCUUUGUGGACACUGUUCUUAAUUUUGGCCUACAUUUCUCCCUCAAGGGCCUAGAACAAUGGAAUGGCAAUACCUGUAGUGGAAACUUGUUCUUUAAAGUUCAAUAAUAUUACACCAGCAUUUACAUGAAAGAUUUUUUUUCUACAUUGCUCUUGUAAGCAAGUUUCCUUUUAAAAAAUUGCAAAUGAUAUAUAUACUUAGUUAUUGAUUAAAAACUGAUUGUUUUGCUAAUUAUUAAAGAUUAUUUGUAAGCCAUUAUAUUACUAAUAAUAAUGAAAUUUAUCAAACCUUUAUAGUAAGUGUCAGCAAACUUACUAUAAAGUGGGUCAAACAGCUGUUUUUGUAAAUUAAGUUUUAUUGGAACACAGCCACACCCUUUUGUUUAUUGUCUGAGGCUGCUUUCAAGCUACAAUGGUAGAACUGAGUAGUCACAACAGAAACCAUGGCCCAUAAAACCCAAAAUAUUUACUAUCUGCCUCUCUAUAGAAAAAGUUUGACAAUUCCUACUUUAUAAUAUGCAAGGCAUUGUCCUAAUUGUUUUGUAUAACUUGCCUCAUUUCAUCAUCACCACUACCCAUUGAAGUAGCCAUGGUUAUGAUCCUACUUAGACAGUGGAAGAGAUUGAAAACAUUUGUCAGGUUAAUGUUAAAUCUGUGGGGAAAAAUAGCUCUAUUUGCACAAAAUUGUUAUUAAAUUUAUAUUCUGAAAAAUUUUAGAAAACUCUUGAAAUCCUUUCAAAUAUUCUGGUAUAUUUUGAAAAACAUAAGUAGUUCAUUUCUAGAGAACCUUGUCUCUGAGGCUGACUCAAGGGCUAAGGAGGGCAUUCAGUCCAUCCUGCCUCUAUACAACGGAAACAUGAAGCUAUCCC